ACCGCUACUGCCAGGCUGCGAGCCUACAGCCUCCACCCGCUACCAGGAGCUGCAGGAAUGACCGACAAUAUCCCACUACAACCCGUGCGGCGGCCGAAAAGACAAGACAAUAAACACAAGAAUGGGUGUUGCCCGUGGUCGAGAUGCUGCGGCAUGGGUGACUUCCGUCCCCGCACAGUGUGGCUCGGCCACCCAGAAAAGAGGGAGCAGAGGUACCCCAGGAAUGUCAUUAACAACCAGAAGUACAACUUCUUCACCUUCCUGCCUGCGGUGCUGUUUAACCAGUUCAAGUACUUCUUCAACUUGUACUUUCUGCUACUGGCCUGCUCUCAGUUUAUCCCGGAGCUCCGCUUAUAUGCACUCUACACCUACUGGGUCCCUCUGGGUCUUGUUUUGACCAUCACCAUCACAAGAGAGGCAGUGGAAGAAAUACGAUGCUACAUCCGAGACAAAGAAGUGAACUCUCAGAUUUACAGCAAGCUUUCAACAAGAGGCACAGUGAAGGUUAAAAGCAGCGGUAUUCAAGUUGGAGACCUUAUAAUUGUUGAAAAGAACCAGCGUGUUCCUGCUGACAUGAUCUUUUUAAGGACCUCUGAAAGAAAUGGCUCUUGUUUCCUGAGGACUGACCAGCUGGACGGAGAGACGGACUGGAAACUACGCCUCCCAGUGGCCUGCACACAGAGGCUGCCAACUGCAGCUGAUCUUCUCCAAAUCAGAUCAUAUGUGUACGUGGAAGAACCCAACAUUGACAUCCACAACUUUAUUGGAACAUUUACCAGGGAGGAUGGGGACCCUCCAGUUAAUGAGAGUCUAAGCAUUGAGAACACCCUGUGGGCCAGCACCGUUGUUGCCUCUGGCACAGUGGUGGGGGUUGUGAUUUACACAGGCAGGGAGCUGCGCAGUGUCAUGAACACCUCCAACCCCCGACACAAGGUGGGUUUGUUUGACUUGGAGGUGAACUGUUUGACUAAGAUCCUGUUUGGGGCCCUGGUGGUGGUGUCGCUGGUCAUGGUGGCCCUGCAGCACUUUGCUGGCCGUUGGUACCUCCAGAUCUUCCGCUUCAUACUGCUCUUCUCUCACAUUGUGCCCAUCAGUCUGCGUGUCAAUCUGGAUAUGGGAAAGAUGGUUUUCAGCUGGAUGAUUAAAAAAGACUCCAAGAUCCCCGGGACAAUGGUGAGAGCGAGCACCAUACCCGAACAGCUGGGACGCAUCUCCUACCUGCUGACCGACAAAACAGGUACUCUCACUCAAAAUGAAAUGGUAUUCAGGCGGCUCCAUCUUGGAACUGUGGCAUAUGGCAUGGACUCGAUGGAUGAAGUGCAGAGCCAUGUGUUCAGCGCUUACACUCAGCCUACCCAUGACCUCCCAGCCUCCAGAGGUCCAGCAGCCACAAAGGUACGGAAGACCAUCAGCAGCAGAGUUCAUGAAGCAGUGAAGGCCAUUGCCUUGGUGCACAACGUGACGCCUGUGUACGAGUCCAACGGCGUGACGGACCAGGCUGAGGCUGAGCAGCACUAUGAAGACACGUGCAGAGUUUACCAGGCCUCCAGCCCUGAUGAGGUGUCGCUGGUGCAGUGGACUGAGAGUGUGGGUCUGACUCUGGUGGGAAGAGACCAGUCCUCCAUACAGCUGCGGACCCCUACUGGCCAAAUCCUGAACUUCACCAUCCUGCAGAUAUUCCCCUUCACCUACGAGAGCAAGAGGAUGGGCAUUAUAGUGCGAGAUGAAUCUAACGGAGAGAUCACUUUCUACAUGAAGGGUGCUGAUGUGGUGAUGGCAGGCAUUGUGCAGUAUAACGACUGGCUGGAAGAAGAGUGUGGGAACAUGGCAAGGGAAGGCCUGAGGGUCCUGGUGGUCUCCAAGAAGUCCUUAACAGAGGAGCAGUAUCAAGACUUUGAAGCACGCUAUGUCCAGGCCAAACUCAGUGUCCACGACCGCUCCCUGAAGGUGGCCACCGUGAUUGAGAGUCUGGAGAUGGAGAUGGAGCUGCUGUGUCUGACUGGGGUGGAGGAUCAGCUCCAGACGGAUGUCAGGCCCACGCUGGAGAUCCUUCGCAAUGCUGGCAUCAAGGUUUGGAUGCUGACAGGAGACAAGCUUGAAACGGCCACAUGCACCGCAAAGAACGCCCAUUUGAUCACUCGCAACCAGGACAUUCACAUCUUCAGACCCGUGACGACUCGAGGGGAAGCCCACCUGGAGCUCAACGCUUUCAGGAGAAAACACGACUGUGCGCUGGUGAUAUCAGGGGACUCUCUUGAGGUUUGUCUGAAAUACUAUGAAUAUGAGUUCAUGGAGCUCGCGUGUCAGUGUCCCGCUGUGGUUUGCUGCCGGUGUACCCCCACCCAGAAGGCUCAGAUAGUCAAGCUGCUGCAGGAGCGCACUGGCAAGCUCACCUGUGCUGUUGGGGAUGGAGGAAACGAUGUCAGCAUGAUCCAGGAAGCCGACUGUGGCGUGGGAGUGGAGGGAAAAGAAGGAAAGCAGGCCUCGUUGGCCGCCGAUUUCUCGGUGACUCAGUUCAAACAUUUAGGCCGGCUCCUCAUGGUCCACGGUCGGAACAGCUACAAACGGUCUGCAGCCCUCUGCCAGUUCGUCAUCCACAGGAGUCUGUGCAUCAGCACCAUGCAGGCCGUCUUCUGCUCUGUCUUCUACUUUGCUUCAGUCCCUCUCUACCAAGGAUUCCUGAUUAUUGGCUACUCCACCGUGUACACCAUGUUCCCAGUCUUCUCCCUGGUGUUGGAUAAAGAUGUGAAAUCUGAGGUUGCUAUGUUGUACCCCGAAUUAUACAAAGAUCUAUUAAAGGGUCGACCACUUUCAUUCAAGACAUUUCUAAUAUGGGUCUUAAUAAGUAUCUACCAAGGAAGCAUCAUCAUGUACGGGGCGCUGCUUCUCUUCGAGUCAGAGUUCGUCCAUAUCGUUGCCAUUUCCUUCACCUCUCUGAUCCUGACGGAGCUGCUCAUGGUCGCCCUCACCAUCCAGACGUGGCACUGGCUUAUGAUAGUCGCCGAGCUGCUGAGCUUGGCCUGUUAUGUCGCCUCGCUCGUCUUCCUGCAUGAGUUCAUAGACGUGUACUUCAUCACCACGGUAUCGUUCCUGUGGAAGGUGACCGUCAUCACGCUGGUGAGCUGUUUGCCACUUUACAUCCUCAAGUACCUCCGCAGACGUUUCUCUCCUCCUAACUACUCCAAGCUGACCUCUUAAAGACUCAUGCAGAAGAGCCUUCGGUCUCAUUUUCUUGCAGGGGAAUCAGAAAGAAGUCUGUUUUCUUCUAGCAGAGCCUGCGCUUCGACUAGAGAAUCAACCACGGAUUUAUCCCCUUUAAUUUAUCUGACUCUGAUAUGUUCGAGACGAACUGUUAAGUCUGGGGCAGGUUGUUUACUGAGAGUUUGUGUUAAAAGACGCACUUUAACUUGCUACUGAUGUUUGAUGCAAACACUCAUAAUUUAUCAAGUGGAGAAAAGCUGCAGUGAAAGAGGGUUGAAUGAGUUGAAAUAAAUGUGUUUUUGUCAGUGGUCCUCUCAGGAUUGCCCUUCAAAAACUGACAUCUUAGCAAGUUUAUUUGUCCAAUUUCUAGUAAAAAAAAGUAUUUUUAUUUCAAGCCACAUCCACCUAACAAGUGAAUCACCUUAAUAUGAGAUGGAAAAACAAAAAAUAGGUCUGAAUUGCUGCCAGUAAGGGGAAAAACUGCCAAUGAGGCUAGAAGUUUACCUUAUAUUUGUACUCACAAGCAACUCUGGUCUUAUUUUUUGCUUCUUAUAUCUUGAAGAUGUUUUUUAUGGCUAUGUGGCUUAUGUUAAAGAGUAACUAAACCCCAAGACACAUCUAUCCUAGAAUUUCAAAAUGCUUUUAAAACAUAAUGGGCAGGACAGGGUGGGAUAAGAUGAGCCCACUCUCUUCUUUGUGCUGUCCCCAUCAGCUGCUUCAUCAUACAACCUAUGCUGCAUUUGCAGAAUUGAUUAUUAGCCAUUUUAUGGGACCAUCCAAGUAGGGCAAAAGUUAUAAUCCUCAUUAUGUAGAUUGUUGAUAUCAUGAAUAUUAAAAGGGAUUACUCAUUGUUUUUACAUCUGCUUUUGCAUGCAUUUAUCAAACUUAUACUUCUAACAUUUUGAAAAAGAAGAAAUAUAUUAAUUUAAAUUAAUUUUUUAAAAAUGUAUAAAAUAGAGACUUAAAAUAAAAAUGUUUAAACAAGAAUGUUUAAUUGAUCAGCACUACAUCCAGGGUAGAUAGACUUAAGAGCAAUCUAUGCUUCCAUGCUAAAAAUACUCCAUGGCCUAUGAGGUCUACAGGUAUAGUCUACAUGAAACCCCUCAAAAUCAUAUAUAAACAUGCUGAAACAAUGCUGAUUUCUAGUUCUGCGAUUAUUUCACUUGUUCGCACUGAUGACUGCCCAUCUCUGAGUUUGUCUGUGGCUUAUUGAGUGUAGUCUAGUGUGAGAAAAAAGGCUGCAGACGUUGAUACAAGUCAAAUCUACUUGCCAACAUCUGAAACAAACAGAUGUGUAUUUCCUCAUCCAGAUCUCUCAGUGGCAGAAUUAAGUAAAUUCUCUUGUGCUCUGCCUAAGCUGAUUUAGCAGCUAUACUUUCCAUCUCCUUUGAUAUCUAGUUUCUUUUCUUCUGCAAUAACUGCAGUAUAAUUAUCUGCUGCUUAAUAUUUAUCAGUACCAGCUCCCAACAUUAUAUGGCCAGCUUCAGUUAGCAAUGUUUCUUGUACACAAACAUGCAGGAAAUAUACCACUGGGGCUGAAAACUGGCAGAAAAAUCACACUUCUGUGUAGCUUCAGUAUUGCUAAGCAACAAAGGCACACCACAACACACAUUAUGUAGUGCUCACAACAGCGUAGGCCCCAUAUGUUGUAGUUACUGCAUAGACUCCACAGUAUAAACCUAACUUCACCACAAGUAGCCCCAGUUUGAAAUGAUGGAAUACGCUCUUAGAGAAGACACAAGGUCACAUGUCACUAACAAGAAAAACAGAACUACAUUAGCUAGAAUUCUAAAGUACAACAGUGGUAUCACUGAUCAGUGGAGCUCGCUGCUACCUGCACAUUUUAGCCAACAGCUGCCGCCACAGUAGAUCAACAGAGCCAGCAAAGAAAUCGGGCAGUCACUGCUGAGCUCUGUUGUGAUUAAAGCUGGUGUCACCUGGAUUUGUAUCAGCUAAUCAGAAAUUUCAAUUGCUGUGGCUGGCAUUCAACCUGUAGAGGGCGUUCAUUUUGCAUAUUUCUGACAUAUGUAGAAUCCAAAUGGAACCCUGCAUGUGAAGAUAUCAGUGUCUUUUAUAUGUGUUGUUCAAAGAAAUACAUUAGAUUUCUCAAUUUUUGAGCAGCAUUGAUUUUGACAGCUAUUUUUAAUUUUAGUCUUAGUCUUUUGAUCACGUCUUUUAGUUUUAGUCACAUUUUAGUAAUUUCUACCCUUUUCAGUUUUUGUCUAGUUUUAGUUCGUAAAAAGUUCUCGCAUUUUAGCCUUUAGUUUUUGUCCAAGCAUUUAUUCUCUUGCCCAAAUCCGGUACCAAGUCAUGGCAGUGUGUUCGAUGUACCCUGCCAAACCUGGGGUCCCUGCUUUCUACAGCUGAGAGACAGAACAGAUGCAUUGUUUUUGACAGAUUUACACACAGUGGAGAAAUAUCAUGGAUUUGGAGUGUCUGACGAAAAUUAAAUUUAUAAUCUAGUUUUAGCUAUCCUGACGAAAACUGAACUUACUUGUAGUCAGUUUUAGUCAUCACAGAUCUAUUUUUUUAGUCUUAGUCUAGUUUUGUCAUGGAAAAAAAGGCUGUCGACAAUUAUUUUUAGUCAUAGUAUAAGGAAGACAUUCCUAUUGAGUAGAUUGAGGUGAGUAGAAUCUGAAAAAUGUUGGAAGAUCAAUGCAGCCAUGUGACAUUACUACCCACAGUGCAUUGCACAUAAAUGGCAGCCUACAUGUGAAUAUAUUCUAUAUUUCUUCCAAAAUUUUGUAGUCUACCGUCUUUCUUUGUAAAACAUACAUAUAAAACACUAAUGUUAAUCUAGUAGGAUCCAUGUGUUUUUUUUUCCAGGGUUCCUUUUAAAAAUGGACUCCAAUGUUGAGAUUAAGACCUAAAUUGAUCAAAAACACGACUAGAUAAAAAAGAAAAACUCCAUUGUCAUUCUGCAGCAAAUGACACAUGACAAGAACUAAUUUAGGAACUCAGGUCCUGGCUUAGAAAUAGAAGAGAAUGAAAAUAGAAUAGAGUAAAAAUAGGAUAAAAUAACAUAAAAUAAAUAGAAUUUCCACACAGUAGAUAAUAAAAUGUGCAACCUUUAAAAGGACUAGUACACAGAAGAGAAAUGUCCUGAUUUUAAAUAGCUGUAUGCCUAAGAUUCAGCUAAAAAAAGUGCUCUGGGGGGUUAGUUACUCUUUAAAUAAAGAGAGAUAUCUUGACAAGAAAUUUGACAUGUAUGUCAGCUAAGAUUUGAGCUUUUGCAGUAUGUAAAGAGGAAAAUUUCCCCAACUAAACAAUGGUAAAAAUACAUCAAAUGAUAGUGCUUUUACGCCUGCAUGUAGCAGGUCAAGGCAGCAGAUCAGUUAAAUAGAAAAUGCAGGUCAACUUUGAUUUACAAUGUCAAAAGUCACAUCAAGGAAAGUAGUUGGAAAACUUCUGUAAAUGUGUCUCUUAGGCUGGAAACUAAAUUUCUCCUAUUUUAGUUCCUCUUCAAAGCUGUUUUUAUCGUUGGACGCUGAAGCAGACGUAGCAUUCUCACUCAGGAGUUGAUUCAGACUCUCCUUUAAACAGUGACUUCUAAAUGCAGUUUGAGAACUACACGGUUAAAGAACAGAACUUUACUGGCUAGACUUUGCAUAAAACACACGUCUGCAGGUUUGUGUAUUUGUUUAUGCGUCACGGCGAUGUGACGGCUCAACACGGCGGAGGUGGUUGUUUAUUUUAGCAUGACCCGUGAUGUCUGAUGUUAAAUCUGUCUUUGUCUCUUUGUACGGACCCUGAGUUGUUAGUGUUUGUGGAGCGCGGUCAAAACAGCCACAAAGGAGCGACGGUUAUUUGUAGCUAAAUAGAAAAAAAAACGCCUGGCUGUGCGUCCGCAGGAGAAUGUGCAGCCUCUCUCAUGUGGCUGCUCGGUAGGCCAACGCCGGCCACUCUUCAGCAUUGCAUGAUGACUCACUGUAACAGUGACCUAAAGCCAUAACUGAAAAUAUCCCACUGACUCGAGUCCUGCUGCCCCUUUCUUCAUAUCGUCUAAUCCAGGGUCCUUUCACUUCUACUAACCUCCACAGUUCAGCUGCGAAGAUAAGGGGAUCAAACCCUCUACUUCCUCUGAUUCAAUGUGAAUAAUGUCAAUAAGUAUUACUAAAACUGCACAGAGAGAGAAAAAAUCAAACACUACACUCCUCACGCUUCAUUUCACCAGUGGUGUGAUGUUGAAGUUACUGUAAAUAAUCAAGAGCUAACAGAAUAAUAUGAUCACAGUCACAAAUAAAAUGCCAAUGUUGUAGAAAAAGAGUCACUUGAAUCAUGUGACUUAAUUAGCGUGUCAAACAAAGCGACCAGGGUGCCAUACGUAAUCAUUUUUUUAACCAACAUUUAAAUCCAAACUGAAUUCAGCAAAGUGUUUGCACAGAAUUUUGUUUUGUACAACUGAUUAUUUAUAUUUUUAUGUUGUAAUAGAAUUAAAAAUGAUGCUAAAAUGGUUUGGUUGCUUGUAAAUAACCAGUUUUUUUUAUUUAUUAACAUGAUUUAUUUAAUGGUGUUGAUCACACUUAAAUGAGCAGAAACAAAAAGGGAGAACUGUGUUGAUGUCAAUGUUGUGAUGAUGAUUAAUAAAUCUCAAUUUUCUUUA